UUACCGGAGAAUAUCGUAAGCGGUCUCACAUUAAACUUCCGCGCUAAAUACGAUUCCAGGCUAAUCUUGGACACAUUAUGAUUGUUGCAAGGGGAAAACUUGAAGUAUUUUGACUAUCCAGUCAUAAUAUGUCAUACCAGGAGGAUUAUGCGAGGCGCUGUAUGGAACUUUUUGAAGGAGGAAAGUUAGCUGAAUGUGCUGAAACUUUGGAGCAGGCCGCGGGCACUUGCUUCGAUCAAAGAGAAAAAUGGAUCAACGAUUGUAACAUAUUACUUUGCCGAUUUGUUAAUACUGUCAAUAAUAUGCCAGAAGACAAAAGUUUACUUCACCUAGAACUGAUAAUGAACAAAAUAUUGGGAUUAUUGGUUCAGCUAAGAGGCACCACUCCUACCUUAGCAACGCUUAGCAUAGAGCUGGCAGUGACAUAUGAUUAUUGUGCUCUGCAACUAUAUGUCCACUCUGAUGGUGUAAUGUCAGCAAUUUCAAAGGUCCAAGAAGAACUUGUGAUUUCAAUUACAAGAGCUAUGAAUGCAAUGAAGAAGAAGACAAAGGGAAGACCAGUGUUAAUGAAGGUGGAAAAAGAGAUGGUAGACAUGGCAACAUAUUGCCUGGAAUCAAGAAAAGCACAAGAGAGUCCUGGUCUCCUCCAUGCAGUUGCCUGUUGCUGUAGCUUACUAGGGUUGACUUUGGUGUACCAGGGCAGUUUUGAGAGUGCACAAAGAAUACUUAAUCAUCUCUACUAUGAGUUAGAUUACACAGCACUCAAUAUCAAAGAUCUCCCUUUUAUCUUACCAUUUGACUGUGGUGAAAUGACACUCAGCAAGCCUAAUAAUCUGAAGAAGACUGUUGGAUUGUAUUUAGCUUGUAACCAUCUGUCACAGAAAAACUACACAAAAUGUGCCCAAGUUGCUGCAGAGUGUGCCAGUGGGGUCAGCAAAACAGUGCUUGGUUGUUUUCAAGCCUUUGCACACAUGAAGCUGGGUGAGCCAGAGGAGGCUUUGGCUGUGCUGUCAACUCUGACGUCACCAACUGAUACUGCUGAAAUAAAAGCUGUUGUUGCUUAUUUACAAGGAAACUGCUUGGCUAUGCUGGGCAAAGGACAUAGUGCCAUGCAAAAAUACAAAGUUGCCAUACAACUUGACAUAAGUUCCUUGGCACCUUUGUACAAUGUUGCAAUGGAAUAUAGGAAAAUGGCCAAUUUUGAUGCAGAAAUAGAAAGCUUAGAUCUGUUAGUAACAGGCCUGGAAAAGUCAGAAGAAUCAAAGAGAAACAGAGCAGCACAAAAAUGCUGGAAGAUGCUUGAUAUGAAUUUCAUCCUUCUGCAGUCCUUUGAUUUUAUUCCUAGAGUCUCUCUGCCAGAGAUACUGUAUAUUAUGGCAAAGAGAUGUAUGGAACUUGAAAAAUUUCAAAUAUCAGCUGAAAGAUAUCUGGACCUUAUAGCUUUGUUGGUAGAUGAUGACUCAUUCAAUAGACUUGAGGUACAAUGUCAUCAGUUGGAAGCCAUGCCAUCGAUUCGUAAAAUCUACUUGGAGGCAAUCUAUGCCCUGGUCAAGUGUGAAAGAUAUGAGGAAGCAAUUGUACUGUGUGAUAGGCUUGUUCAAAAAUAUACACCAACUUGUGCAUCAGUGGAUUAUGAACGUGGUGCAGACAACUCAAAGAGAAAAGGAGAAACCCAAGUACAUGCAAAAUCUUCUGACGGUGGUCCAGGUAAUCAGAUACACAGUCUUCCAGUGCAAAACAGUAGGAAGAGGCAACGAUCAACAGAGGAAUUAGAGAGCUACAAUGAAAGAGAGCCUUUAAUCCAUGAACUGUGUGAGCACCCCUACUCCGAGGACAUCCCAGCCUUGAUGUACAAAUCUGACUGUUUGGUACAUUUAAAAAAUGAAGUUGAAGCACUGCAGUUGCUGAACAGAGUCAUAUCCAGCAUGGAACAUGCUUCACAACACCUUUCUGUUGAGCACAAUGACACUGUAUUACCAAAACAGAAAAGGAUGCGCUUGGAUUCAGAUGGGACCCAAGCCCCACAAGAUUCUAGUAAAAGAAGUGUUCCAAGUCACUUCCAGCUGUUGGCUCAGGCAUACAGUAGGAAGGCCAAAUUGUUAGUUACAGAAGUUAAAUUGAAAGAUGCCUUGCAUUUUUUCAGACUUGGCCUAUCAGCACAUUCAGAGUCGGAAGACAUUGUGUAUAAUCACUGUGCCUUGUUGGUGAAGAUAGGAAAAGCCCAAGAAGGAUACUACAACUGGCUGAAAUUUCGAAACAUUGACGUUAAAAUUGAUGGUUUUCAAAUCCAGCACCUAAUUAAUAAGACUCAGAAUAAGCUAAGGGAUUUAGAAUUAUCUACACUUGAUCAGAAGCAGUGGUACACCUUAGACAAAGAUGCACUGGACUACCUGCUGAAACAAAGACACAAAAUCUGACAUUGAGAUUUAUUAAGUGGUUGACUUUUUAUGCCGAAGGUUAUGGCAUCGAACAAAUUCAUGUUUUAUUUUCACUGGAAAUGCAUCAAAUGUAAAAACAAGAAAAUUUAAAUAGAUGUAAUUAUUACACAUUCUUUUUACAAGUACAGCUUAUCCCUGAUAAAAAAAAUGACAAUAUAAAAGACAUUAUUUUGUUAAUUAUAAUCACACUAAAAAAUUGAUAUUUAAGUGUAUUAUUGAAAUUAUUAGCAGGAAUGGUUAUUAAAUAAAGAAAUAUGUGGUAUUUUGCAUGGAGUCUUUCUGUAGAGAGACCAUUGUAUGAAUGUUUUUCAUUAUUUUUGUGAUGGAAAUGGAGGAAGAGAAUGCCUUGUUAGUCAGGCCCUCUCAACAAAUAGCAAUUUGAUAUAAAAUCAAUUUAGUUAAGGAAAAGUGAUAUUUUCCUUGUCUUUAAAAAAACGAAAAAAUAAUUUAG